AAAAUAACGAGAAGGAAGGAAGACGAGUUUUCAUUUUAUUGCGAUAAAUCUAUAGCUUGCAGAGAUUGUGAUUGAAUUUUUAUUUAAACUAAAAACUGUUGUGCUAAAUUGUGUGUGAAAAAUAUUUUCAUGUUUGUUCCUCACUUCGCAUGGCCAAAAUGUGGGACUCACCAUACUUGACUUGUUUGGUUUUGUACAUAUUUUCUUUCCAAAUUAUUACCACUAAUUCUCGCACCUCAAAUAUUUGGAAAUUGAACGUUGAAGAUGGGUUAAUUGUUGAUGGAACUACACUGCCGCAGGAUGACGCUGAUAAAACUAGAAUGAAUGAAGAAGAUGCUGUGUUCAACAUAAUAACUUCAACAGUUUACUAUGGAAAUACAUGGACAAAGCAUGGUUUUGAUAUGUUUUGCACAGACUGCCAAGUAUAUGAACAACAGAGAGCUGGUAUAGAACAAAGUGACGAGGUAACGCCAGCUGAGACAAACGGAGAUGCGGACGAUGAGUACUUAGACUGUGGGAAGGCCGUCAACUUCACCUACUACGAUAACUUAGUAGGUGUGGCACGCCGCCACAGACAUCCCAACGUGCCUGAACCACAGGUUGCCCUUAUAUUUACAAAGAAAAAAUCGUACAAAAAUGGUGUAACAGAGUUAGAUAUAAAUGCGCUGGAGAAGCGUCUGAAGAAAGCAAAAAGAGAGAAACCGAAGUCUGUACAGCUUUACAAUCAGAUUGGCAACUUCUGGCGGAUUAAAGGCGACACGCGACAGUCCAUCGAGUGCUUCCGACGAGCGCUCGCUGUCUCGCCUUAUAACGCAGAAGUGUUGCUGAACCUGGCGCGCGUACUAUUCACGCUACAAUAUUUGGACGACGCCAUUUACCUCACCAGGCGGUCACUGGAGGUCCAGCCGCCCGACCGCAGCGCCUGGCAACAAUAUUUCACCCUCGGAGAGAUAUUCAAAGCCUAUGGACACUAUCAGGAAGCGGCAGUGCACUUGAGACACGCUCUCGACCUCAGGCCAGACUUCGAACCAGCGCUGGCUGCGUUGAAAGACAUAGAGAACAUACCAGAAGCUUCUGUGCAUGUCUACACGCUACUAAUCAUAGUUUGUCUGGUGAUGGGUGUACUCCUGGUAAUCCUGUCGUCAGUGGACAGCGGGGGCGACGUCGAGGAACACAAAACACAGCGGCACUUCAACAGAGCGAUGGCAAUGCGUUCGCUGCGAGGCGUCGCACUGCCCGGAUCCCGCGGCCGUAAGAAAGGAGGCUCCUAAACCACGCACCAUACAGGCCUGAGUUUCAUAUCUCUAUCUUUCUUAUAUGAGUUGUUUCUGAACGUAAUCGUGGAGCUUUUGGUUGAUAUUUGGUCUGAAAACGUAACCAUAGAAAUUCACCCACUGUUGAUACGAAAUCCCAAGAUGAACCUUUGCCGGGUUUCCACUGACGCGGAGAUGGGCGGAGAAGAGCGGAGAUGUGCGGAUUUGACCAAUCACAGCGUUCGAGAGAGCGAAAAACGAAGACGCUCUGUCACUCUCUGCGUCACGGUGAUUGGUCGAUUCCUGCACAUCUCCGCACAGCUCCGCGUCAAUGGAAACGCAGCCUAAUGGUGACACGGGAUCAGCGUAUCGCCCAUAGCAAUUGUCCAUCAUGUUACAACGGCCAUAAUCCCUCCGUUGGACAAACAGGGAUAUGUCUUGUUCCUGGAUAAUGCUUCUUGAUAAGUUGUCUAUAAUCUUUUCCUAAACCUCUAUACAUAACAUUUGAAUUGUUUUUUUUCUAUAUACACUAUCUUAAAUCAGUGCUAGAAUCUCAAUGAUCGAAGCCAAUGUUUACGUUCAGAAAUCGCUUAUGUAAUAGGGUUGUAUUUGUCAGUUUCCACACUUUUCCCACACCACGCUGUCCAAAUAUGUUACCAAAUAUGCGUUCUUGGUGUGUAUGUGUUCUAGUUGGAAAGCGAUUGUCAAUCAGUGUUUCCUCUAGACUUCAGUAAUCGAAGAUACAGCAUGUGUAUAAAGUAAUGUCGAUUGUAUAAUAUUUACGCUGCUGAGUGAAAUUUUAAACGCAAUUUAUGAUUUUAUUUUGAAUAGCACAAAUAUUAUACUGGCAUGAACGGUUUUGUUUGUUCUUCUGAGUAACACAUACUAGUAUUUGUUAUUGUAUUUGGAGAGCAUUAGACACUUGAGAAACUUAAAUUACGUACUGGCGGUUCCGUAGGGUUACGGAAUAUUAUUUCCAUGUCCAAAUAACACGAUAAAAGUCAAUUAUAUAUUUUUGAAAUAACUUUUUAAGUUGAUUAUAUUUCUUAUUAUUUUUAAUUGAUCAAUCAUGUCAAUCUCAAUAUUGUGUAAAAUUAUCAUAAUUUUUCUAUUUUCUUUUAUUGAACAGGAUGUGUUCUAGUAUCAUGAAAAAGAUUGGUUGAACAAAAAGUUCUAAUGAAUCUACGAAUCUUUUUAUUAAGAGAAGAAUAAAAGAUAUGAUUACGACUUUUUUUGUAAAAGUGAAGAGAAGCUAAAUCAGCUACUUGAUAAGUUAAAAUGCUAUAUUAGCAUUUAUCUGAGGCUAAAUAAAUAGUACAAAAAUUGUUAAUUAUUAAUAGCUUAUGGGGACAGGUCUCCCUUUAUAAAAGAACUUAAUGGUAUUGACACAAGACAGAAGAAACAUUUUUUAUCGCACGAGCCGCCAAUACUAUUCCAGAAAUUGACCAAUAAACUUAAGUAUUAAUUUAUAUUUGGAUGUCUAAAAUUACUAUUCCUUCCUAAUCUCACUAUACUCCGUUAAAUAGCAAACUAAGGGUUGAACUACUUGCUUCUUCUUGCUGUCUUUUUCUGUCGCUCAGAACCGCCAUUAGCUUGAGCGAGAAAGACACCAGAAGUAAGACCGCACACGCCGGAACGCUGUCGCACGCUAUAUUAUUUGAUCACACCCCGGACACUCCAUUCAAAAAUCGAUUUUUUUACCAUGUGCCGUUUGACGCGUAAGUGCGAGCGAGACACCCAGUCCACGGUCUCCCCUUACUCCUUAGCGACUUACAGCCUUUUAAGACUAAACUCAGAGGGGUGAGCUCGGUGCCCCAUACGAAUUGAUGAGGGAGGAGAGUUACCGUUCUACACAUUCUUUAUUCUAUGCUGUGAGCAAACCAAAUGCCAAAAAAAGGCGACAGCGUGCUACAGCACAAGCGAAAUAAAUUCCAUGUGGUUCAAAUGUGGCGAAAAUCAAAUGUGGUUCAACCCUAAUUUGACAGCUGUCAGAACAUUACAUUUACCUGACGUCUCUUUCACGCUAGGCUGUAUACCAUCUUUUUGUCCUGUUCUUAAGUUAAUCAGCUCUAUUAAACGGUGUAUAGUUACUAAUCUUUCUUGAUUGUUUGUUUAUAUUGACAUACUUGACAACUGAAUAGAGAUACGAAACUCGGGCCGAAAUAUGUAACAGACGACCUCUUAAACGCUUGAAAAAUUGCGAGUGAUAUCAAAAGCUAAAUGUUUUUAAAAUUUGCAUUGCUAUUGAUAAACGAGUUGAGGGAAAUCUAUGUAUUGUGGUACUGUUCUAUUGCCUUUUUUGUGCUCUUAAUUAUUUCUUAUUCUAUUAUAAAAACUCAAUAAAUUGUUGAAGCUAACUAAGUAAUCAUAAAUGCAAUAAGUUGUUCUAAUGCAUUAUAAAAAAAUCAUGAUCAAAGAUUACAGGGAGUGUUGUGUCAAGUAAUUUUGACAUUUCAAAGCUAUUAAUGUGUUUUUUCUAGUAUUGUUUCUAGCCCUUAAAUCAUGGCAUAAGAGAACAAGGUAUUCUCAUUUUAAAUUAAGAAAUGCUGACGUCGUCAUAGUGUUACCAUUAUUGGUAACUGCAACAUUCUAAGGAAUUUUACUACAGAAAAUUAAGCAAGUAAAUUAACGUAUUUAUUUACUUGCUUAUCAUAUUAUAUAACACCAUUCAAUAAGUAUUUUAUUGACAGUUCAAAAUUGCUCCGUAAAAUAAAUGAAAUACAUUAGCCGUAGGUAAUUUAUUUUUCACCCAGUGGCAACACUUAGCUUGGUGACGUCAGUGUUGUAGGAACAUCGCCGUGCUGCCACUAAUGAAAAUACCAGGCGUAGACUCAGCGUCACGAAACUCCCGCGGAUUUCUAUGAACGUCAUAUAAUGUCUUUCAUGGCGCGUACUCUACUAUGUUAUUCGUUACCAUGUCUUUAUGGGUCAGAAAAGAAAUCUACACAGGAUAUAGGCGUAUGAAGUCCGCGUUAUCUAGUACUAUGCAGUUUCUCCUAUGUAGUUAGCUUGAUUAAGCUAUCCCUCUCUCUUUACAAAUAUGUGACUGACUUGUUUGAAAUGAUACGACUUAAUAAUAAGUAAUGACUGGUUGUAACAGUGCCUAGAAUGUUUGUUGUUAUGUAAUAGAACAGUACCAUCAAUGAGAGGCUAUGUACAAAUAUUAUUCUUUAUGUUAUUAUGACCGGAGUGGUCUUGCCAUGUCUGUUUUGAUCUCUGUGUAGUCUCCGUCAUCUUAUAGUGGUUUUACUACGUCUCGUGUUUCCUUUGAGCAGUGAGAAAGGCACAUCAUUGGCUUUUCCAUAUAUUUAUAUAUUUGAUAAAAAAAAAUGGUCUACAAUAAAAAUCCGCUCCAUUCUUGUACUCUAUAUUUAUUAUAAGAUUAUUCUUAUUUUAACAGAAAGAAUGCUUUCGAUAAGCAAUAAUAGUUUUAAUAACUAUUUGUAGCUAGUUGAUAAUAUAAAAGCUCCAAUGUAACGCUUUAUGAUGAUGAAUGCAUUUGUGUGUUCCAUUUGAAACCUGCUAAAGAUAAGGAGUAAACAGUACGAAGCUACGUUUAGGAAGACAUUUGACUGUUGUGGCGUGCCAGCCUUGCAAUGAGCGUAUCACUUCUGCAACCUAGUCAUUCACUUAGACAAGUUUGGCCCUCGACAAGGGCUCGGUGUGAAAAUCGUUUAGUAGUGCAUGCAAAUAAACUUGUUAAGUGUUCGUAGCGUCUAAGGAUUUAAAGGAGCAAGUAAAUUCUGAGAUUGGUAAAAAAUGUACCUGUUUUCAGUGGUUCUUUUGUUAAUUUUUGACUAUUUAUUACUUAAAUACAUGAUUGUCUUAGCAUCUA